UGGACUAAAGUACUCCCUGUAAAUACCAAGUAUAACAGCUGCCUCAGCCUCCCACCAUUAAUCUCCAAGCACAAGUCUCCUCGAUCGGUCUCUCACUCUCUCUUUCAAUUUGCUUUCUUGCCAUCCAAGCUUCCAGUACUUCUAAUGAGCCCUCUUGUUAUUAGUACCCUCCUCUUCAUUUUCUUUGCCUCCUCAUCUUUAGCAAGGUCAGCAAAAUAUAGCGUCUUGAGUUAUGGGGCCAAGCCUGAUGGGAAAACUGACUCAACCAAGGCCUUUGCCGCCGCUUGGUCACAAGCAUGUGCAUCUACAAAACCAGCCACUCUUUAUGUUCCUAAAGGGAUUUUCUCUUUAGGUCAAGUGAUAUUUCAGGGUCCUUGCAAGAAUAAUGCUAUCUUGGUAAGUGUAGCUGGUUCUCUAGUCGCUCCAUCAGAUUAUGGGCUCAUUGGCGGUGCUAAAAAUUGGCUAGUCUUCGAGCAUGUCAAUGGGGUUACUCUAUCUGGAGGAACUCUAGAUGGACAAGGUGCUGGACUUUGGUCCUGCAAGAAAUCCGGCAAGAGUUGCCCUAGCGGCGCAACGUCACUCAAAUUUUCCAAUUCAAAUAACAUUGUGAUCACUGGACUAACAUCACUAAAUAGCCAAAUGUUCCACAUUGUCAUCAAUGCCUGCCAAAAUGUCAAAGUGAAAGGAGUGAGAGUAUCUGCGGCCGGCAACAGCCCUAACACGGAUGGCAUUCAUGUUUCCUCAUCAACCAGUGUCACCAUCUUGAAUUCGAGGAUUGGAACUGGUGACGACUGUGUAUCUAUUGGCCCUGGUACCUCUGAUUUGUGGAUUGAAAACGUGGCGUGUGGACCUGGCCAUGGAAUCAGCAUUGGAAGUUUAGGCCAAGAUGUCCAAGAGGCUGGUGUGCAGAAUGUGACAGUCAAAACCACUACAUUUACUGGCACUGAAAAUGGAGUGAGAAUCAAGUCCUGGGGAAGACCUAGCAAUGGUUUUGCUAGAAAUAUUCUCUUCCAACAUGCAGUCAUGAAUAAUGUCCAAAACCCAAUUAUAAUUGAUCAGAAUUAUUGCCCCGGGAACAAGAAUUGCCCUGGUCAGGCUUCUGGGGUUCAAAUUAGCGACGUGAUUUACCAGGAUAUCCAUGGAUCAUCGGCAAGAGAAAUCGCAGUGAAAUUUGAUUGCAGUAAGAAACAUCCAUGCACUGGGAUUAAACUGGAAGACAUAAAUCUCACUUACCAAAAUCAACCGGCUGAAGCAUCAUGUACCAAUGCUGGGGGAGUUGCUUCAGGUCUUGUUCAACCCACUAGCUGCCUAUAGCCCUAUACAGCUAGGCGGGAAUUAAUGGUUGACCUUUGAUGAGGAAGGCCAGAAAAAAGAAAAAAGAGUAGCCCUCACCUUUAAUUUUAUUUUAAAAAAAAUAUAUAAUUUUAUAUCGUUAACCGGUAACGCAAAAUCUAAGCAAUAGCUGUCAACAACGUAACAAAAUGUUGUGAAGUCACUUCAUAGCUUAAAAGAUGGCACAAAUUAGACCUUCCAUUGUUAAUGAAAAAAGGCAAAAUCUAGCCAAUGAUUAAUAUUGAAAGAAGGAGUGUUAAUUGACAACUGCAGAUUCCAUGGAAGUCACAUGAUAGCUAGCCUGCGUGUGAUUGACCUUUCCUCAUUA